AUGGCUGGAUCUGGAAGUUCUAAGGUGAGAACUCCGAUCUUCUCCGGUGAGAACUACAAGUUCUGGAGAAUCAAGAUGGUGACGAUUUUCAAAUCUCAUGGAUUAUGGAAAUUAGUUGAAAAAGGGGUUACGACCUCAGAUUCAAAGAAGAAGAAGAAAGAUGAAGGAAGCUCAGAAGAGGAAGACAAUGAGAAAACUGUGGCUGCAUAUAUGCAAGAUGCAAAAGCUCUGGAAACUUAUGAAUUACAGGAGGUUCUAGCAAUUCUUAAAAGCCAGGAACAGCGUUUUGAUAUGCACACUGUUGAUGCUACUGAUAAGGCAUUUGCCUCCUUCUCUGUGAGCUCAAAAGGGCAACAAAACAAGGGUAACUCUCAAUCCAGUGGUCUUAAGUCUCAAAAGAAUUGGAAUCCUAAGGGGAAACCAUGGGAGUCAAAAGGAAAGUCUCAACAGAACAAUCAUGCACCAAAUCACAGCUUCAGUUCAUCACAGCCAGCAAAUCAAGAAGCUGUGAAUGGAAAUUGGUACAUUGACAGUGGAUGCAGCAACCACAUGACAGGAAAUGUCAAUCGUCUUGUUGAUGUGAGAACCAAUAUGGCACUAGCCGGGAAAGUGCAAAUGCCAACUGGUGAUCUAGUUAAUGUGGCAGGAAUGGGAUCUCUUGUGAUUGAUACAACUAAAGGAAGGAAAUAUAUCAGAGAGGUGAUGUAUUUACCAGGGUUGAAGGAGAACUUGCUAAGUUUUGGUCAGAUGGAUGGGCAUGGGUAUUACUUGCUGUUUGGAGGAAAAGUAUGCAGUGUUUUUGAUGGACCAUCACUUGACAGCUUGGUUAUAAAAGUGGGAAUGAAAGAGAACAGAUGUUAUCCUCUGCACUUAAUGCAUAAUGAUCAAAUGAUGUUAAGAUCAAGUAUCACUCCUUGUACCUGGACUUGGCACAAGAGGCUAGGUCAUCUCAAUCUCAAGAGUCUUAAGUAG